GUCACACUGUACGUGACGUCACAUUGUUUUCCCUAUCAAAUUAAUGAAUCACCACUAAACAAAUUUCUUGUUUUCACUACUAACUCGGCUGACCAGGGUGAAGUGAAGAUGUUUUCCAGCGGCCCCAACUACAACAAACUGAAGACCAAUCUUCGAUUGGCUCUCAAUCGCCUCAAAUUGCUGGAGAAGAAGAAGGCGGAGCUGACGCAAAAGUCCAGGAAGGAAAUAGCCGACUAUUUGGCCACGGGAAAAACGGAGCGGGCGAGGAUUCGCGUGGAGCACAUCAUAAGGGAGGACUACUUGGUGGAGGCAAUGGAAAUGGUGGAGAUGUACUGUGACCUGUUGCUCGCCAGAUUCGGCCUGAUCACCCAGAUGAAGGAGCUGGACACAGGGAUUGCCGAGCCGGUGGCCAGCCUGGUUUGGGUGUGUCCCCGCCUCCAGAGCGAUAUAGCCGAGCUGAAGAUCAUUUCGGACAUAUUUGUGACCAAAUAUGGACCACAGUUCGCCGAGCAAUCGAGAACCGCCACUGGGGAGCACUAUGUGUCGGAGAAACUCAUGCACAAGCUCACGCUGCAGGCACCGCCAAAGCUUUUGGUGGAGAACUACCUCAUUGCCAUUGCCAAGAACUACAACAUCGAGUACGAACCGGAUCCGCAGGUCAUGCAGGAGGAUCAGCCACAGCAGCCGCAUCUGAUUGAUCUGUCGGAUCGGAACAACUUGAGCGGAGGUGGAGGGGCCGGCGGAGGUGGUGCUGCACCGCCACAAAUGGGCUUCAUUGGUUAUCCGGCUAUGCCAGCACUGCCCGAUAUGCCGGUGCCACCGAGCGCAAAGCCCUUCAAUUAUCCACCCUUCGGUGGAGGCGGCGGAGGAGGUGGAGCUCCAGCUGGGGCUUAUGCUGUGCCACAUCCCGUGCAGCCACCGCCGCCAUUUGCCUACAAUAUACCGCCCAAUCAGCCGGCACCGCCUGCAGUCCUGCCUGCCAAAUGCGCCGAGGAGAAGGAUCUGAACACCAACUUUAUCAAUCGUGAAGCGGACAAUGCGGAUGGCUCGGGCAGUCCGGAUGAGAAUAUUUUGCGCCCCAAACCCGAAAAUGAUCCGCCGCCGCGUUACACCUCCAUUAAUCCCGUAAAUCUCCAGAAUGCCAACAAACCCAAACCUCAACCCCGAUCCAAGCUGCCACCGGGUAAUCCCACGCUGCCAAGUGCUCCGCCGGCGCUGGACUUCCCCUCGCUGCCCAACGUCCCGAAUGAUCUGCCGGAUAUUCCGGGCGCAGGUGCCGAGAAGAAGGACGACGAGGAAGAGAUUGACUUUGAUGACCUGUCACGCCGCUUUGAGAACCUUAAGAAGCGAAAGUAAAGCUGGGCAGCUGAUCACCUUUUUAAUACUACAGUAUAUUUGUUAUAAUCUCUGUCCUGUUCUAUAUAAAUAAUCACAUAUAUAUGUAAGGAACGAACUAUUGAUCAUUUUGUAUUUUGGAUUAAGUAGUUGGUCAGUUGAACUUCUCAACCUUGAAACUUGCUUCUCAUUAUCGCAAUCAUAAUGAUUUUAUUUAGAUGAAGCUAAGAUUAAAAUAAUAACAGAUAAAA